AUGGAGCCCCCCCGCGCCUCCCGCUUCCUGGACCCCACGUCCGCGAUGGCGGCCAUCACGAAGCACAAAGCAGAGGCCAUCAGGCUAGCGCGCGAGCAAGGCGCCGCCGUCCGCGAGAUGUGCCGCAGAGCAAAGACGGAACCUCCCGCUUACGAGUUUGAGGAGCUAAUUGGAAAGGGUGCUUACGGCCGUGUGUAUAAAGGCCAUCAGCUGCCGUCUCGGGAAGUUGUUGCUAUUAAAGUUUUGGACAUCGACUCGUUGGAUUACAAGUCUGUGCGCGACUUCAAAGAUGAGUCGAUAAAGGACUUUAUUCAUGAAACGAAGGUGAUGAAGCAGGUUAAGGAUUCAGGGGCGAAGAAUAUCAAUGCGAUUAUCGAGGCUGUAUCUAUUCAUUCGCAACUCUGGUUGGUUUGCGAGUACUGCCCUGGUGGCAGUGUUAGGACUCUGAUGCGUGCGACUGGUGACCGGCUCGAAGAGAAGUUUGCUAUUCCGGUGGCCCGUGAGUUGGCUGCCGGCCUACGUGCUAUACAUGAUGCUGGCAUCAUUCACCGAGAUAUUAAAGCCGCCAACGUCCUUAUCCACGAGGAGGGAAAUUUGCAAAUAUGUGAUUUUGGUGUUGCCGGUAUACUCCAAUCACAACAGGAUAAGCGGUCGACCUGGAUCGGUACUCCUCACUGGAUGCCGCCAGAAAUGUUUUCUGGUAACCAGGCGCAUCAGUAUAGUAGCGAGAUUGACGUUUGGGCAUACGGAUGUACGCUGUUUGAACUCGCCACUGGAAAUCCACCAAACGCAAACCUGCGGGAGAGGAUGCAGAUUGGCAGACAGUUAAACAGGAAAACACCUCAACUAGCCGAUAACGAUAAAUAUCCCGAAGGUAUGAGGGAUCUAGUAGCAUUUGCUUUGAACUCCGAUCCGAUCACUCGGCCUUCAAUGGCAGACAUCUUGAUGCAUCCUUAUAUCGCGAACUCAGAGGAAGAGUACCCGACGUCAUCCUUGGGCGAGCUGGUGCGCAUUUACUAUCAAUGGUCUCAGCGCGGCGGUCAGCGUAUCUCUCUGUUCCAUCCAGGCGGAGCCGCAGCGGCGGAGAUGCCAGAAGACGAGUCCGACAUCGACGAGGACUGGAACUUCAGUACCACGGAUGAUUUUGAGAGAAGGUUCUCCGUUAUUGACCUUGACCAGUUGGCGGCUUCAUUGGCCGAGCUCGAACAAGAAGUCAAGGACACGUCCGGCCAGUCCCAGCAAGAGCCGAGCGAUGAGCCAACCGAUACCGAGAUGACAGAGCAGGACAAGGCAAAUUUCGACGAGCGAGUGCGCCGAGGUGCUGCGGCGAUGGAGGGCCUUUUUGACGAAGAAAAGCCGAGCUAUAAAUACGAAACAAAGAACGAUUUUGUGCCAAUUGAGGAAAAAGCUCCCGUGUCUGAUCUGCCUCUUCGCACCGACACAGACCGUUCAUCCGUCACAUCGACGUUCAUCGACAUUGACAUUCCCUCGUUCGAUUCCUCCCACUAUGCCGCUGGUGCUACGACGGCGCAGCCAUUCCAGCUCGCAGACGCAGACACCAUCCGUGCUAAUAGAUCCAGCGGGCGGAACCGCAGCUUCAAUGAAGGCCGGUCACGUUCUUCGAGCAGCGAAGUGGGCAGUAGUCUCGACAUACAAGAAACCUUUCAACCUCGCACCGGUCCCCGUCCACCGACCAUGGACUGGAAGUUCCCAUCGUUCAUGACGGCUCCGACAGAAGAACCAGCACCAGACUCAAUUCCAGAGGUUGACUCGGGAGCGGAGGCCGAAUCCGAAUCCGAACCUGAACGUAUCGUUCGGGACUCAUUAAACGAGCCACUUGCGUUCGAUCCGUCCGAUAAGCGGGCGACGAUGGAAUGGACGUUCCCUGUUAUGACAUCUUCCGCGGAUGACGACCACGUUAGUCCGAAGAACAGCUCUUCUGCAGAGGAAGACGAUGGCCCUACCCGCAAUGACACACUCAGAGCCGGCGAUUCGAAGCCUAGCAAUAACAACAUCGGUGAACCAGGCGACAGCGAAAGAGACGUAGAUAUCUCGCGCCCGUCAACCUCUGCCUCCGUGCAGUCAAACGUCUCCACAAGCUCCGACAAUGAUUAUGACCCCUUCCGCUUCGACCGACCCCCUACGCCCCCAGACGGCAGCGCACAAACCAAGCAGCGGCAACAACAAUUUAUGGACCACGACUACCCCGAACUCCUCACGUCCGUCGGCUACAAUCGCUACUCACGCUCCUCCGUACUCGAAGGGCCCGGUCCCGACGAGGAAGAAACAACCCCCAUCUCUGACUGGCAGAACAACGUCGCCGCCACUGGCCCUCCUCCACAACCCCAACCACAUCCUUACCCUCAAAUGCCGAUGCCAAUGCAAAUGUCCUACUCCGAGCCCUUCCCCACCGCAAUCCCCCACAAAGACAUGCACAUGCACAUGCACAUGAACAUGGCGAUGCCCAUGAACAUGCGCAUGCGCCCCUUCCCCAGCGGCCCAGGCCCCGGAAUCGGAAUCACGCCCGCAAGCUCCAUCACAGAUUCCGACUCCGGGCAUGGACCACCCUACGAACCCCUCCACACAGCCCGCUACAACCCCACAACCCUACACCUCCCCUCAUCCAUCUCAGGAAUGUCGCCCAUCAAGUUCCCCGACCUUGUCCCACCCCGCCUCCAAGUCCUCAUGGAAGGCGCGGGGGAAGCCGCCACAACAGCGGAAUUGGAUCGGCUGCUAGGUGAUUUUCUGGAUGCGCUUUCUGCGACGGGGACGGCGCUUUCGAGGACGAAGAUUGCUGCUGGGGCUGGGGCGGGGAGUGGUGCGAGUGAGGGGGAGGGUGGCAGUGGGAGUGGGAAUGGGUCGACGACGGAUGAGGCGUCUGAAUGA